CGACUUCGUUUUCCGCGGGGCUCGGGACUGUGGCCGUCAUGGCGCCGCCCGUGAGGUAUUGUAUCCCGGGCGAACGUCUGUGCAACUUGGAGGAAGGCAGCCCCGGCAGCGGCACCUACACCAGGCACGGCUACAUCUUUUCGUCGCUUGCUGGCUGCCUAAUGAAGAGCAGCGAGAACGGCGCGCUUCCUGUGGUGUCUGUGAUGAGAGAAACAGAGUCCCAGUUACUGCCAGAUGUGGGAGCUAUUGUUACCUGUAAGGUCUCUAGCAUCAAUUCACGCUUUGCCAAAGUACACAUUCUAUAUGUGGGAUCUACACCACUUAAGAACUCUUUCCGAGGAACUAUCCGCAAGGAAGAUGUUCGAGCUACUGAAAAAGACAAGGUUGAAAUUUAUAAGAGUUUCCACCCAGGUGAUAUUGUCUUGGCCAAAGUGAUCUCCCUCGGUGACGCACAGUCCAACUAUCUUCUGACCACUGCCGAAAAUGAGCUGGGGGUGGUGGUGGCCCACAGUGAGUCAGGGGUCCAAAUGGUUCCCAUCAGCUGGUGUGAGAUGCAGUGCCCUAGGACCCACACUAAGGAAUUCAGGAAAGUGGCCCGGGUUCAACCUGAGUUCUUGCAGACCUAAGAAGCCACGUUAUACCCCAUGGAAGAGGUCUGUUUGCUCAUCUGAACAGUGUAACCUCAGGAUUCUUGUGAGGAAGAAAUGCAUGAAAGCGCUCAGUGCCUGCUCCUCUUAUUAAACUUGCAUAUCUGAUUGCCUUGUAUCAAGUGUCUAUUAAAUGUCAGGGUUUAUAUGAGACACUGUAGUUUGUUUAAUCAAUCUCCCUCUAGGAUGAGUAUUUUAAAACCUUACAACUAUUAACCACUAUUAUUUUAUUACUACUUUAAAGCUAAUUUUUUUUUAAACAAUCCUACAAAGAAAACCCUUAUGCCAUAUAUCUUUAUGCGUGUCUAUGAUUAGCUUGCAAAAUAGUUUCCGAGAAGUGGAAUGCUGUAUAAAAGACUAUGUACAUUUUAAAUUUGUUUUCAGUUCUCCCUACUGCCUUGGCAGAAAGAGGCUACCAAUUGAUUGUCUCAGCAACAACAUUAGCCAGUUUAUUUAUGUUAUCCCUAAACUUCAGUGACCCUGGAAAGUAGCAAUCAUUUCUACAUGCUUAGAGAAGUAAACUAAGGCUUACAAAAAUGAACUUGCUCUUGGUCACACAGACGUCAAGUGGCAGAGCAGGAUUCAAACCCAGUCUUCAUGUAAAGCUCAGGCUCUUCUACUGUAUCCUGGGGCUCUUUUUCCUGAGUAUCCAACAGAGCCUUGCAUGCAAUUGGAGGCUUUCCAGACAGACAAUGUCUGCUAAUCACAAGUGUUCAUUGGACACCAUUCACUCAGUAAAUAUAAAAUGAGCACAUACUCAGUGCACCACUGUUCAGGAUCAGGGAGGUAAAGCAGUGAAGGUGAUAGAGCCCUUAGGGAUCUGACAUCCCCGCAGGAGAGACAGAUACUAAGUACCAUACAAAGAAAUAUUAUAAUUUAAGGCAGUAAUUUUUAAAAUCAUCAUAAAAAGCAUUCAAAAAAACUGAGUGAUAGCCUUCCCUGCUCAGCUGCAGGCCAGGCCUGAUUUUUCUCACCCUUAACCCUUCUGCAUUAUAGUACAAGCUAGUUAUAUCUUCCCUACCAGCCUGAGCUUUGGUGGCAGGAGACUGUCUUUUCUAUAUUUGAAUUUCCAGUACAUGGUUUUGUGGCAAUGAAAAGAAAAUGCUCAGUAAAAAUUUUGUUGCAUGUACUCAUAGCCAACUGAACAGCUAUGCCCGGUGAUACUAAGUGAAGGUGGUAUUUGCUAAUCUGAAAUCCGUUUGCGAGAUUAAGGAAGGAGGCUAUUCUUUCUGUGCCCUGGAAUAAUGGUUCUCAGCCACGUAGGUGGACCUCAAAUUGCCUAUAGAACCUAAAAGAGAAAAAAGCAGAGCUGCUAGAAUCUUAUGGGAUGAACCCAAAACAGAUGUUUAUUUCAGUGUCAUGGAUGAGUGAUUCUGAUGUGCCAUCUUGGCUAAGUCUUAGAAGAGAGAAAUAGCAGUUGUUGGCCUCCUACUGGUAAUGGCAAAUGAUGCUGGCUUUCCGGGCCAAAGGCAACACAACACAUUCCAGUCAGGACUCUUAACGUUGCAAGGAAUGAAGACUGCCAUAAGCCCAAGCUAGGUCAGGGCAGAGCACCAUCAAACACAAGCUGAACGAGUCUGACUUGGGUAAAGAGCUCUUGAUCAAACAAAAUUACCAACUUUGGGUCUAAGAUUUGGUGUAGGCUAAGUAAACUUAUGUCCCACCAGGCUAUUGGAGACUUCAAUCAGUAGAGGUCUCCCUAGGGUUACUAUGUAGAUCAAAUCAAAAAACUAACUUGAAAAACAACCUUUUUAAGUUUCUUAAAUGUCUUUCAGUUUUAGAGUAAGGACCUUGAUAAAACUGAACUAACACCCUUCACCUGUGCUCCAGUACUGAGUCGUCAUCAGCCUUUGCCCAGUGUCCACAUCUCUUUGGGCCAGUUUCCUCCUCUGUAAACUGGGGCACCAUCCCUUUCACAAGUUGUCAGGACUGGAGAUUAUGUAUGCAGUGUUCCUUAACUGCUGCAGAGCCUCCUAAGAACUUCCUAGAUGGUGUUACUUGCUCCUGCAAGGUGAGAGGCAUGACGGGCAUUCUCUUACCUGGUGGGCUUUCAAAGGCCUUAGAGAGAUGAAAAAAAUGAGCAGUGCCCCUUCCCAACUGCUAUUCUCCUACAUCAUCAUUUUAUGAGAUUAUAAUUUUUUUUUUUAGAGGCAUGUUUUAUUUAUU